AUGAGACCGGCACCCUCAUCAAAAGCCCCGUUGGCCGUUUGGUCUCCGACACGCUCUCAUAUCAGCGCCAAUGCGUACCGCGGGUGGAGACCUCCACUUUGGGGACGCUCGGCAAUACGAUGCACAUCUUCUAUCAAGCUGGGACAUAUUCCAGUAGGGAGAAAUGAAGGGAUUAUCUACAUCAACAAUAUUUUCCCGCACCGCUUACAAUGGCUGCUGCGGGGACCGCUCAGCCAUAUUCAACCUCUCGAGGGGAUUUUGGCACGAGUCAACAAACCCGAAAUAGCGGCCGCUGAUCCAACUCGCAUAGUUCACCGAGUCUUGCCCAAAGAAUUGGAUCUGGAGAUCAAAGAUGUCGUCACAAGGUAUAAAGAGGGUGGUGCAUUUGUGAAAUAUGCCCUCAAGUCAGACAUGAGCGAGGAACGUAUUCGUGAUGCAAUUAAGGACCAAUUGAAAAACAAUCCUAUCAAGCCCUGGUUCAAUCCGAUCCUGAAAGUUGAUGCGGACCUUGUUCGCGGAACACCGUGGAUCGAAGACCUCUAUCGAAUUCCAAGCCAGACCUUAAAGGUGGAAUUCCUGUCAACAUCUCCAGAUACCUCAGCGGCCGAAUUGACUCAAGAGUCCCUGUACUCGCUGUUCAGACCUUACGGCAAAAUUAUGGAUAUUCAAACACAGCCCUCGGAUUCGAAGAUUGAACCACGAUAUGCAGUUCUGCGGUUCGAGCGCCCUCGGUACGCUGUCAUGGCAAGAAACUGUAUGCACGGAUUUAUUGUUUCAGAAGAAGCAGGAGGUGGCAAGUCCGGUACAAGGUUCAAGAUCAAUUAUGAACGCAGGAUUAAGUUGUUUAUGAUCAAAGAUUGGAUUCUGAACCAUCCAAGACUGGUCAUUCCCGCUAUAGCAGCAUUGAUAGCUACGAUCACAGUUAUCGUUUUCGAUCCAAUACGCACGUUUUUCAUCACAUUAAAAAUCAAAUCGUCUUUCCAGAGUGAAGAGAAUCCGGUGCUGCACUGGGUUCGCAAACAGGCCAGCAAAGCGAACAUGUUCUCUUUUGGGAAGCGAAAGUCAGAUCCGCGAGGUCUGGCGGCUAUCUGGGAAGACCGACAAAGCGACAUUGCGCAACUGCGAGCCUGGUUGACGGAGACUGCGGAAACUUUCAUUGUUGUUUAUGGACCUCGAGGCUCAGGAAAACGCGAGUUAGUUUUGGAGCAAUCGCUAAAAGAGCACAAAUAUAAGGUCAUAAUUGACUGCAAGCAAAUCCAAGAUGCUCGGGGCGACACGGCCAAGAUCUCGCGAGCAGCCGCUCAGGUUGGCUACAGACCGAUAUUCUCUUGGAUGAACAGCAUCAGCAGCUUUAUCGAUCUUGCUGCACAAGGCAUUAUUGGCACCAAAGCUGGAUUUUCCGAGACGCUAGAUGCACAGCUGAGCAAGAUAUGGCAGAAUGCCGGUGUCGCCAUGAAGCGAGUCGCUUUGGAAGGUAGGCGAAAGGAAGACAAAGAUUUCAAUAUGUCUGAAGAUGAAUAUUUGGAGGCACAUCCCGAAAACAGACCUGUUGUGGUAAUUGAAAAUUUUGUCUACGAUGUGGACGACAGUGUCGUACUUGACAAGCUUACUGAGUGGGCAGCCGGUCUUACCUCAGCAAACAUUGCCCAUGUUGUCUUCUUGACGACCGAUUCCUCUUUUGCGAAACCGUUGAGUAAGGCCAUGCCCAAUCAAGUCUUCCGCACCAUUGCCCUGGGUGAUUGCUCGCUCGAGGUUGGUCGCCGUUUCGUAUUGAGCCAUCUGGAUGUAGAGACAGGAGGUUCUGAAAAUGAACAGAGCGCAAGGUACAAAGAAACGCUUCGUGGCUUGGAUGGCUGUAUCAAGGUGCUGGGUGGUCGGGUCACUGACUUGGAGUUCAUGGCUCAUCGGAUCGAAGCUGGUGAAACUCCGGAAGCUGCCGUGAAUCGUAUCGUUGAGCAGUCGGCGUCGGAAAUUCUGAAGAUAUUCAUUAUCGGGACAGAUUCAACGGCCCCUCAAUGGACCCGUGAACAGGCAUGGCAUCUAAUCAAGUCCAUAGCCCACUCCAAGGAGGGCACCCUAUUGUACAACAAAGUCCUCCUUGGAGAUUUGUUCAAAGACAACGGGGAGGCAACUCUUCGGGCUCUGGAGCAAGCAGAGCUCAUUUCUGUCGGGACUGACAAAGGAUUCCCACGAUACAUCAAGCCAGGCAAACCUGUGUAUCGUGCUGCUUUCCAACGUCUGGUUGAGAACAAGACCUUGCAAGGCCGCCUUGAUCUGUUGGUCCUCUCACAACUUAUCGGCAACGAAAAUACAAGUAUCACAAAAUAUGAGGAAGAGCUGCAGGUCCUCGGCUCGCUGCCCAAAUAUCCAUGGGAGCUCACGUCACGGAUUGAAUGGCUUCUGCGCAAAAUUCACGGAUCGCAAUCGAAGAUCCUCAAGUAUGAGGGCGAGAGUGCCACCCUUUCCAAGGCCUUGCAGAAAGAGAACUGA